UCAAAGUAUUACAGUAUUCAUCUAUCAGUAUUCCCCUCACAGCUGUACAGCUUCUGUUCUAUACGAGACGAGCAUAAAAUUGUUUAUUUCCAUUAUGGCAACCUCUAGUCUGUUGGACACUGCGGAUUUGAUCUCUGCUAAGUACAGAACCGAAUCGCUGGCCCUGCCCGAUGUGAAGCGCAUCAACAAUAUCACGAAAUUCAUGGCCGAUCCUUUGAACUUUUAUGGUGAUAUUAAGAAGCUAGCAGGUCGCUUCGAGAACCAGGCCAAGCAGUGCCAGGAUGUCAUCAAACUGCUGAAGGAACAGGUGAAGGCAAAGACGGCAACGCUGCAUCAGGUCAAGGAGGAUAUGCUGGAGCUGCAGCGGCAGCUGAAGAAGCCAGAUGCAACCGUUGUCUAUGUGAACAUGAAGACGCCGGUGCUGGUAAAGUUUCUCGAUGAGACCGAGGUAAACGAGUACGAUGUGCCCACGGCCCUCGAGCGCUACAAUCUGAAAAUGAGCAGUCUGUAUGGCGAAAUUUUGUCUGUGGACAGCGACGUGGAUCACGUGAGCUACUUAAAGAGCGUUGCCGAUGUCAACAGUCAGUAUGUGAAGGAUUGGUACAACCGUCACAAUGCCAAGAAGCUCAAGGUGGAGGAUCCCAAGAAGAAAGAGCCUGAGAAUUUCUUCGAGCCCGAAGAGGAGUCUGAUGAGGAGCUGCAGGAGUUUUCAGAGCAUGAGAAAGAGACAGACGAUCGAUCUGAAGAGGAGGCUAAAAAUAAAGACACUGAAGAAAAGGAUGCUGAGUUGCAGAAUUUUGAAGAUGAGAUUGCUACGGAGCCCGAGUCAGACGAAAAAUUGCCUGAGAAGAAAGUUUCCAAGGCAAAGAUCAUUGGAAAGUCGUUUCCUGAGGUAGUGAAGCCUGCAAAGAAGGUCUCUGGGGAGAAGUUGAAUGGGCCGAAGACUCCAAAGAAUACUGGCACUGAGUGGCAGAGUUUUAAGUUGCCAGAGAAGAAAGUUUCCAACGAGAAGAAGCCUGAGAAGCACGCUGAAGAGAAGUUCCCUGGAAAGAAUAAUCAAGCCACAAACAAUUCUGAAAUUGAAAACCCAACUGUGAAGCUCAUCGCUAAGAAAAUUACUGACAAUACUGAGAAGAAGGAUAAGGGGCAGUUACCUGUGAAGAAUGUUGCCAAGAAGUUGGAGUUCUCGAAUAAAGUCGCUGUGAAAACUGCCUCCAAGCAGUGUAUCUCUAAGAACUUAGCUGAGAAGAACUUAAAUAAGAAGGACAUUGCCGCCCCUAAACAGGAGUCCAAGUCAAAGCUCCCAAUGAAGAAUGACCUCAAGAAAUUAGGCAAUUGCAGCGCCUAAUCCCCAAUCACCCAUUAAAUUGUUAUCAAAGUUAAAUAAGUCUUCUCAUAAUAUUUUACAAAAUUUAAACACAUUUUUGAAUGGCACCAGAGAAUAAAAACA